AUGAACGGUUCUGUAAUGACGAAAAAAAUUUCUUUCACUUAAUGAUUUAGAAACCUUGAAAAACAAAACACGAAGCGCGUGAAGAUCAUUAAGCAUUUCAAAAAAAGCCGACUGUGCCGAAAAAGUUUGUUUCAUUUUAUUCGUUUCAAAAAAAUUUGUUACAUGAAGUCGAUUUAACAAAAAAAUAACCCCUCAGAAUAAUAUUCAUGAAGCCUCAACUAAUUUUUCCGCGAUUUUCUCGCGAUAUCUCUUAAAUCUUAACGGGAACCUUGUAGAUUACUAAAACUUCUUUUUUUCUAUCUUUCUUCUUCUCUACGUUUUUUCAAAUCCUUUUUACAGGUACAGUCUGCAAGCACCCCGUUCACCAAGAACACAGCGAACUGAGCCAGGCUCACCAAAGCGAAGGUUUUCCUUUUGAUAAUACCAUGUUCAAUCAAAAAAAAAAAUUCUCGGAACCUAGACGGAGUUUUCAGUCUUAUCAUGGUUAACCAUAAAGUUUAAAAAACAUAAAUAUCAAACGGCGAUCUAUACUCAGAAGCAGUAUAGUAUGUAGGCCUGAAAUUUCUUCAUAGAGGCUCUAUCUGAUGAUAUAAGGUUUUAUAAGAAGUUGGGAUCAAGAAGAAAAAUUUUAGUUCAAAAAGACUACUCGAGACCAUUUUCGAGCUAUUACAAUGAAAAAAUUCAAACUGAGUUUUCUUCGGAUCUAUUUUUCAAUUAAUAUCAUUAUUUUAGUCCGUAUGGACAACCCAGCACGCGACGAAAGUCGCCAACCGGAGGAAGGAAGGCGAAGGCCUCCACCAGAAGAGGCAGAACAAGACCCGGUUAGUUUUCGAUUCGAUUGCAAUAUUUCAGGGUUCAAAAAGGCUCCCAGCCAUAUGAAAACAAUUCUUCAAUGAAAAAAAGGCAGAAAUAUUGAUACAAGUCUUUAAAAUAUAGGCUUUUCUUACAACGUCCUUUGCGAAAAGUUCAAAUGAUUCAAAAGUCCGAUUUUUGUUGCUCUAAAAUUAUUUGAAAAGCAGACAUUCCAGAAUAAUCAAGAUGAAACGUAUAGCAUCGUUUUAUCAUUUUUGGGAUGAAAACGUGUUCCUAGGUCAUUUUCAAAUACAUGAUUCGAAUUUUUUAAUAUCUUGCGUCUCUUUCCGAUUCUCUCGGAGUUUCAUAAUUUGGAACCGUGUCAUUUUGAGUAAAUUUUGGGACCUUUUUUAACGAACAAACAAGGCCUUUAAAAGAACACAGUUUAUGAAAUUUCUUGAAGUUUGAGUUCUUUUUUUAUCGAAUCCGAGACCGAUUUGUAGUCCUGGACAGUACAGAUGUUUUUUUUUUGAUAGAUAAAACCGUAAAAUUGAAGUUACUGAAGAAUCUCUGAACUUCUCUAAAUGCAAUGCAAGAAAUAAUUAUUAAAACUAGAGAACUUACUUCCUCAGAAAUCUAAAAAAGGGGCACGACAUUAUCCUUCGAAAGUUAUCAAAUUCAAAAGUUCGACUGCAAAAAAAAACUAAUUUGCUUUUACAGCCGCCGCCGACCCACUCUGUGCGUCUUUCCCCGCACCAGGUCGAAAAUGUAAGUUUUUUCGACUCGGCUUCAAUAUUUCUGAAAGGAACCUACCCUGAGCAGUUCCAGAAUUUUUUAGGGAGAAAAAAAAGCCAAAACUUAAAAAAAUCUAAUUUUUAUCUCUAGAGGAUCUCAGUACGGCCCUUCGGACAUUAUACGGUGUUAUAGUCAAUGUUUCCCGACUUGAAAGGCGAGGGAGGCGUGGCGAGGGGCGGGAAGCGUAGCGUGUGCGUACGCGGUUCUUGGCACGUGUUCAAUUCAACCGCUAGCGAGCAUUCAGAGAGCUUAUUUAUCGCUCUUUUCACUUCUUUUUUAAUUAUUUAUUGAUUAUGUUCAUGUGUGCAUCAAAAAAUAGAAGAAAAUAAAAAAAGAGCGGUUGCCGAGCUUUUUAAAUAGUCGGCGGCGAUUGAAUUGAACUGGCGCCAAGAACCGCGUACGCACACGCUACGCGUCCCGCCCCUUGCUCCGCCUCCCUCGCCUUUCAAGUCGGGAAACAUUGACUAUAAAAGUGAAUUCCGCAAAAUUCAAAAUAUCCUAUGACUUUUAAAAAGUUUUUUAUCAAUUUCGCGGAGCAGGACUAGUCUAACGACUUAGUGUUUGAAAGUACCGUGUGUAGAAAUAUGAUGAGAAUUAUCGAAACUUCUGGGAAUUCUAUAUAGGGAUGAGUCUAGUGACCAAAAGAAAGAUCAUCACAUUCAUAUUGUUGACUUGCCGGUUACUUCUGAAAGAUGACAAAAAAAUAUUGAUAAAUAUCGACUGAUUUCUCAAACUCGCCUACUUUAUAGCUGACCGCGUUCCUGGAAUGGAACCAGCUUUUGAGCGGCCAAGAAACGGCCGCAUACGAGCUCGCGGUCCGCAGGGAUCGUCGGGGAGUAGCUGUAAGUUCUUCGAACCGUCCGUUUCAAAUCAAAAUCCUUUCUAAACCAUCUCUUGUCAAAAAUCUUCAAAAAGAAGUCUUCUUCCAAUCCUUUGUCUUCAGAAAACCCUUUAAUGUUCAAACGAUCUUAAAUUGAAUCAAAUGAGGGAUAGUGAAACUCGAUUUUCGAGAUCAGCUUUAGCCGAAAAGUUUCUGCAAUCCUCAACUGCUUUUGGAAUAAACCGAUUCGGAAAAGACCCAGAAAAUAGGCAGAUUUGGUAUCUUAUAGAGCUCCCAAGGAGCGAAAUGAGCUUGAAAAGACUCGUUCAGAACCUAGUAUGAUAAGUUAAUGUCAAUUAAAUCAGUGAUAAUUUCGAAAACUGACAAUCUUUGAGAGUCCUAAAACCUUCACACCUAAUAGGACGAAAGAUAAUUUUGAAAAAAAAAAUUUUUAUUUUACAGCGCCUUGAGCUCACACUGGUUGCCGGCGCCUUGGCCCAUCAGGUUCGAUUUUUUUCUUUUGAUUUCAGAUUUAUUUCAAACGGAAAUUUUCAAUUAAUAACUGUCCCUAAGACCACUGGAAAUUCAAUAAAUUGCUCAAAAUUGAAUUAAAACAUGAAUACAAUGGUUCAUUUCGAUAAUUUCUAAGCAGUUCUUAGUUCGAAAAGAUUGCAUUCUGAUUUCUUGGAGAGCAAAAAAAAACCUCGAACAUUUGCCAAGGCUCCAGAUUUCCAACAAAUUUCCACUCUUGGAAAAACUGAUAAUUCAGCCAGAAAUCAGUGUUUUUAUUUUCUGUAGGACCGAAAAAUUUUUGAGAAGAUCCGUUUGAAUCUUUUUCCACUUGUAACCGCGUCUUCGUCUAUUUUCCCAACAUGAAAACAGACUUAUGUUGGAUCUACUGUUUCGAUUUGAUCGAUCCAUGUCUCAAAUGAAUCGAAUAAGUCAGAGGGACUUGAAAUAUUUCCAAAAGAAAAUCGAGAUUUUAAAAGUUAUGAAUAGGAUCGAGGCCCAAGAAUCAAUUCGAUUGUAUCUUUUUGAUCAUGAUUUUACAGAUGGCAGAUAUUGGAGAGGGAACCGCGAGGUCCCGGGAAGCACAAGAAAGAAAUGGGAUCGAGGAACCGACAAAUACGGUUAGUUUUCUGGCUCUCUUUCAACAUUUCCAAGUUCAAAACACACAUAUUCCCGGGUUUUGCAUGGUAGAAGAGGAAAAGAAACGCUCAGAAAAAAGUGAACAUGGAAACCUAAAAUCUUGUAAAUCGAUUCUUCUUUUUAAAAGAAACUUGAUGUUCUGAUUUCUCCAUAUUUCGACAAGAUGCUCGAAAAGGAGUUUAUUAGAGUAAGAAACAAUGGGAAUAUUCAAACUUCGAACUAAAAUCAAAAAAAAUCGUGUUUAUUUCUUUUUAAGUGGCCUUUGUAUCCGGAAUAAAAAAUAAUAGAAACCGAAACAGCUGGACCUCCGCCAAGUGGUCACUAUUCAAAGUACAGAUUUUCCAAAGGUUGAAAAUUAUUUGCUUUUUCAUUUCAACAUUUCCGUUGAUAGAAUGUGAGACUUGUAUCUUUUGCUCAAACGAAUCUAGAUCUUAUUUCGAAAAAAUCAAACAGCGAGAAAUUUUCCGCUAACAACUUGGCUGAUAACCUUUUUUCUGAUGGUGAAAGUGAACUUGAAGAGAAUUGUCAAAACUCAAGUUCCGUAGACAAAAAUCGGAAAAUAUUUCCAUGUCUUUACUGAAAAGUUUGAUUAAGAUGGAAAGUGGCGAGGCCGUCACAGACGGAGACUCCAUGGAGGUUGAAGAAACGGAUGGCGAAAUGAAGGAAGAAAAGAAGAAGGAAGAAAAGGAAACUGAGAAGGAAAAAGAAGGAGAAGGAGAAGAAGAAGAAGGAGAAGCAGGAGCUGAGCCCCCCCAGGUCCGUUUUUUUCAGAAAAGUUAACUAGACAACUUGAAAAUGAAAGCUCUUGAGGUAGUGAAAUCUUUCCUAACUUUACUCGAACAGUGUUAAGUUUUCCGAUUCCAAUAAGUUUUUUUUUGGUCCAGUUAUUUUUUUUUAAGAACAAUGCAAACUAGACGUCUUCUACCUCUCUUAUUUUUCAGUUGAAAAAUCAUAAAUUACGCGAAAUUCUACCAUUCCUACCAUACCAUUCUUGUACCGUUCGCAAAAAUGAUACAUUUGAACUUGGUUGAACAGUAUAAGACCGAUAAAGGUUGAGUAGGACAAAAAAGGCUGUUUUCAAGAUGAUUCGGCAGUCAAGACCUUUUCAAUUGAAGUAGAAGUAUUCAUUUUUCAUUUCUAUAUGAAGAAAAAAUUAGAGAGCUACGAGAUUCGGACGUUAAAAAUAGGCAAAAUAUAGCGCUGAGGAAAAUCAAAUUUUCUGUCCAGAUUUCUAACAAAACAGAAGAAAAAGUAAAAUUUACAGCCGUCCACGAGGGCAUGUUUCGGCAUAACGGCGCGCAAAAGGAGAAUGGGAGAGUGCCGCUCCGCGCAGCCGCCGAAAGUCAGUUUGGGGAAAAAAAUAAAUACGUAAAAAAUGAAACGAAGCUUCUCAUGAAACUUGUAACCAUCUUGACCAGGAAUUCAUAAAACCUGAUCGUUAGAAGCAAAAUGUUAGAUCGAUUCAAUUUUUCAAAGCGUUUCGAAGAUGCUCAAGAUGUGCAAGAAAAAGUGUGGAGAGAAAAAUUCGAGUUUUCUUUAUCCGAAGAGCGCAUGAAUAAGUGAAAUUCUCGCAGUUGUUACUUAUGAUUUUUAGAUAAAAAUGUUUGCCAAAAAAUAAAAUAAUCAACAAAAUUCAGCGCGCCCUCCAAGGACCCGGGGGUUCAGCUGAGAAGAGGAAAGGAGAUGGUGCAGAAGGCCCCGAGAGGAAAAGCAGUCGUUCUGAGGCUGUCGAUGUUGGUUUUCAUUCUUUCAAAAAAUUUCAUCGAACAUUGUGUUAGAAUCUGUGGAAGUUCAUUUUUCAAAAAAAAUAUCGCUCCAAGGCUCAAAAAUAAUACCAGUGAAAAGUUUAAAUCAGAAAAAAACUGAAUUAUUCUUCCUACGGCUUGUGUAUGCCUUGUAGCCUUGGUUCCCAUUGCCACAAUUUCUUGAACCUCUUGGUUGGGUAGAGACGGGGAUCGAACUUGUGACCCUGUGGACCGUAGACAGGCACACAACCCGUUGCGCUACGGCUCUAAAAAACCGAAAUGAUUGCUUUUUCACAUCCUUUGUCAUUUUUAUAGUUUAACACGCUGUCUCCGUUAUUCUCAAAAACAACGGGUACAAUAAAAAAAAAUAUUUUUUGAUUUGGAUGAAACUUCACCCAGUGUGAUACCCCAUCAUCAGAAAUGCGGACCCAACUUUUUGAGCCAUUCCCUCUUACUGUAGCCGGGUUACGGUAGGCAGGUGGGCACCUGCGUAUCUCAGUAUUGAAGAGUUUUUUUACUAGGCGAGUGAUAUAUCAAUCGAUAGGUAAUCCAAUUUCAAGAACUUUUACAGUACAUACCAUCUUGGGUUACGGUCGAAAAAUUUUGAGUUACGGUACUUUUUGUGUCUGCCGAGUCAGUUUUUCGACCACCAUGAGCUUGAGCCAGGAGAUCCAUUCUUCCUAACUUCUCAAAAGAUACCUUAUGAGAAGCUGUACAAGCUGGUACUAGUUUGAAAAAAUCCUAGGUGGACCAUCAUUUCGAAAAAUCGCCCCGAAGGCGCGCAAUCGUGGUCUUGCGGCGGCCAAGUGGGUGAAGUCCAUGAUGCCGGACGGCUCAUUUUUCACAGAUCCAUUCCAAUCUUUGUUUCCAUUUUACUCAUAGAUGUCUAUUAUUGAUUUUUAUUUCAAUUUGAGAUGUUUUCGGGUUGACCAUCAUUUCGAAAUUUCAUUUUGAACCCAAAUUUGGCCUGGAAAGGGCCGACACGGCUUUUUCCACGGGAUCCCUGACUUCGUAUGUGACCGUUCUCAACGUUUUUCUUACUUAAACAUGAACAAGAGUGUCUGAACAACAGUUUUAUAACAAUCGGAAACCCUUUUGAGAGGACCAUCAUCUCGAAAUUUCAUUUUGAACUCAAAUAUCGGCUUAGUUUCCCUAUUUGAAGUUUUUAUCAUUUACAGCAAAAUCUAUUGAAAUUCAAAAUGAAAUUUCGAGAUGAUGGUCCUCUCAAAAGGGUUUCCGAUUGUUAUAAAACUGUUGUUCAGACACUCUCGUUCAUGUUUAAGUAAGAAAAAAGUUGAGAACGGUCACAUACGAAGUCAGGGAUCCCGUGGAAAAAGCCGUGUCGGCCCUUUCCAGGCCAAAUUUGGGUUCAAAAUGAAAUUUCGAAAUGAUGGUCAACCCGAAAACAUCUCAAAUUGAAAUAAAAAUCAAUAAUAGACAUCUAUGAGUAAAAUGGAAACAAAGAUUGGAAUGGAUCUGUGAAUAAUGAGCCGUCCGGCAUCAUGGACUUCACCCACUUGGCCGCCGCAAGACCACGAUUGCGCGCCUUCGGGGCGAUUUUUCGAAAUGAUGGUCCACCUAGGAUUUUUUCAAACUAGUACCAGCUUGUACAGCUUCUCAUAAGGUAUCUUUUGAGAAGUUAGGAAGAAUGGAUCUCCUGGCUCAAGCUCAUGGUGGUCGAAAAAAACUGACUCGGCAGACACAAAAAAAGUACCGUAACUCAAAAAUUUUUUUCGACCGUAACCCAAGAUGGUAUGUACUGUAAAAAGUUCUUGAAAUUGGAUUACCUAUCGAUUGAUAUAUCACUCGCCUAGUAAAAAAACUCUUCAAUACUGAGAUACGCAGGUGCCCACCUGCCUACCGUAACCCGGCUACAGUAAGAGGGAAUGGCUCAAAAAAAGUUGGGUCCGCAUUUCUGAUGAUGGGGUAUCACACUGGGUGAAGUUUCAUCCAAAUCAAAAAAUAUUUUUUUUUAUUGUACCCGUUGCUUUUAGAAAUUUUUGAGAAUAACGGAGACAGCGUGUUAACACCUUGCUUAUACCAAAAGAAAAAAAAGGUCCACGCAGUCCUUUGCCAAUUUUUAUUUUCUCUGUCACAAUAAAUCUAACAUUGGUUAUGAUCUCGGAAAUCCUGUUAGUCAAUCACAGUAUUCAUCCAACUAAAGUAAAUAUGAGGCGAAUUUCGCAUCGCUUUGAGUUUUAAGGCUUACGAAAACGAGAGACUUCUGGGUUAUAUGAGAUGCAAACGAAAAAUUUAAAUUUUGACUAAAAAAGUUUGGGAAAAGAUCAGAGAACAGGGCAAAGCUAGGCCAACACUGCACAUAUUGGAUUUUCUGAGCGAUUUGUUUCAGGCCGAAAGGCUCGAUGAAGACAUGGAUGAAAUGAGAAUGGCCCCGGAUGAAGAAGAAAGACGACAAGACGAACGGCGAUUGGAGGAGGAACUCCUCGACUUGGAGAGUUCCCCAGCCUCUGUUAGUCUUCUGUUUCUUUUCCACCUGUCGUUCAGUUUUAGUGGAACUCCCUUUUUUUCAUAAUACGGGGAAGUUUCGAAAACAGUUCGAUAACUUGCCACUAAUCGAAAAACCGAAAAAAAGAAAGAAUCACUCGAAGAUCACUUCACUUGUCACUUGAAAAUAUCACUUGAAGAUUAGAACAAAUUAUUCUAAAACUGACUUCUGAUGGAUGAUCUAAAACUCUGAAGAUUUCUAGGCUCAAAUAAAAUAAGAACCUGUUGAACUAAUAAAGAAAAAAACGAAAUUGAUUCAGCGCCAGUCACCGCAGCCGGACCCCAGACAAGAGGAUCAAGAAGAGGGAGAAGAGUCGACGUCCUCCAGCUCUUCAUCAUCGGUAAUUUUAUACUCUCUGCUUUAUUAUUCACAUAUUCAUUUUACUUGGCUUUGAAGUCCAAGCUGUUCUUCUCAAUCCCUCGAAAAGAUUCCCCUAAAUUUUUUUCUGUCCUUUUUUCAAGCUUUCCUAUCAUAACCAAUCCAAAGAAUUUAUAUAACUUUGAAGAUCUCAAUUUCCUUAGUAUAUCGAUUCAACCUGAUUGAUGCGAAUUAAAGAAGGUUCAUAAACUUCGAAAUUUCGAGGCCUUGGAAAUCAGAUUUUUGUAAUAUUUGAGUAUGAGGAAUUUAAUCAAUCCCGAAUAUUUUUUUGUAGGUCUCAAGUUUGUCCAAUUCUUCUCGUUCUUCAAAAAAAUCAAAUAAAAAUGAGAUUUUUCCUUAAAUUGGAAGCCGGAAAAAAAUGAGUUGAGGUCAAUUGUCUCAAUAAAUUUAUGAGGUGAAUGGACUCGGUAAAUAUUAAUUUUUUUAAGUUAAGAAACUUCGCCAUCACUUUUCUGUGUCCUAGGUGAAAAGAAAAGAAAUCAAAUCAAAUUGAGCUUCAAAAUGGAAGGGCUUUCCGAAAAAUUCUUCUUCUUAAAUGCAUUUAAGGCGCCUUGGCCGGAAGAGCUUGAGGAUGUCUAUGAACUCUUCGACCUCGAAUCGAUUGAGGAAUUUGAUGAAGAGGUUAGUUUUUCAAAUUUUCACUUUUCGUCUUCUGGCUUCUUGAGAUUUUUGUAAGCAUUGGGAGUUCUUCGUGAUUUGAAAACUCGAAACAAAACUAAAACUACACUUAAGAAACCCAAAAAGUCUAACCUAAGUCUAAGUAAUUUAAGAAAAAUAGCAUUUUCUUUCUUAUCAACUUCGACUUAUCUUUUUGAAAAAAAUGAAAAGGAUCAACAAAAAGUCUGAAAAAAAGUCGAUUUCACUACAAAAAAAUUCCUUGCCAGAAUCACAAACCUCUCAUAUCUGGAAAUAGGUGAAAUUCGGAAUUUUGAUAAAGUUCCGGAACACGGACUUUGGCGAGAUAUAAGUUUUUUUAGUGAAUAUUCCUUGAAAAAAACAAUAACCAGUUUAGUUCGAUUAAUGAUGUCUAAAAAAAGUUCUUUAAGACCGGCUCAUCCGACUCUUCGGAUUCAUUCUUUCUUGGACAACACGCGCGGGAAAGAAUCGCCCUGGCGUGGGCUCGACGCAAUCUUCUGGAGCUUCCAGAAGAAGAAGAUGAUGUGGCCGAAGCUCCGCGUGCCGAAGAGACCGAACCCCUCGCCGUUGAAGCAGUCGAAGAUGCCGCCGAGAUCCUCCCUCUCCAGGUUUCUUAUCCAGUACCUUUUCCACUGGUGGUUUAAACAUUAAAAAUAUAUUCAAAAAACUUUGUCUUCCACGGGUUUUUCUUGUGAAAAUCUCAGGGCCUCAAAAGGCUCGACUUUUGAAACUAUGAGCUUUAUUUUUUGAUCGAUUUGGUGAUUAGGUUUCAUGUAGAAUAUUCCAGCUUUUUUUAUAAUUUUGAAAAUUUUACUUUGAAGUAGACGUGAAAGAUGAGAUUGGGAAGAGAAGGAAUUUUCACGUCAUUUCUAUUUAAAGCUUCAGCAAUUUUUCUCAUUCCUUUAGACUUCAAUCAGUCCAAUUUGUCGUGAAUCGAAGGUUUUCGGAUCUUUUGAAAAUGGAAACUUUGAAAAUCUUAGUUAUUAAAAAAUAUAAGGAACAUUUGAGACAAGUUAAGUUUCAUCUUGGAGAUCUCAGAUCUUUCUGAAAAGCUGAUGGUGAAAUUAUAGGAUGAAGAAGUCCCAGAAGCCGAAGAGACUGGAAAUGAGGCAAACGGAGAGGAGAAGGAGGACGGAAAUGAAGACGGAGAAGUGGUCGAGGAUGAGGAGGCCGACGACCAGGCCGGUCCAGCAGCCCAGCCCGCCGCAGCUGCUCAACAAGCUGCAACAUGUGCUGGCGGCCUUGGUCAAGCCCGAAAACAUCGCGCAGGCCAGGUAACUAACAAAAUUUUAAAAUUCUUGUUUUACUUAGUUUUUCCAGCCCUUUUUCAAUGAGAUCAGAUUCAAGGCUAAGAAAUUUUUUUUUGAAGAGGCUUCAGGUUUUGAUAGACAUUGAUCUGUAGAGCGCAUUUUCAAAGCAAGAUUUCGCCUCUUUUUUCGACGAGAGCUAUUUUUAGUUGACAAAAAAUCCAUGAAAUAAUCUGAAAUGUUUUUUGACUGAAGACCCUAAAAUCUCAACCUGCCAAGUGUCUUAGACAUUGAGCCCUUUUUCUUUUCGAAAAUUGGAGUUUCGUGGAUUUCGAUAGUAUCUUAUGAGCUUUGCUUUUUUGAGUUGGAACAGUUGAUAAAAAGAACUUGUUUCAGCGUCCCAGGCCGGUCGCUCAGCGAGCCUCGAGACGGCUCAGGGGCCUGGGCGUAGGCCAAGCCGUCCGCCGUGUGCCACCGGCCCUCGCUGGUCAUUCCGCGGCCCAACUCCUCGUCAAGAUCAGAGAGGAGUUGGAGGCCAAGCUUGCGGACGGUGGCGCCGGGGACGAAGAGUUGCGCCGGGUUGGCCGACUCUCCUCGGCGAUGACGUCACUGAAGGCCAUCCAGAAAGGACGCGUUGUGACGGACGUCCAGUUCGAAAGGAUCCUCAGGAAAAUUGAGGGAGGAUACUGA